GUUCAAUAAUGAGAAGAGAAGAGGGAAAAACCUACGAAAUCUCUUUCUAUCAGUCCGUGACGAGCCAUGCUCUUAUAAUCUAGCAAUGCGUUGAAGAUGUACACUCUCGACGCUUAGCGCUUUUCCCCUUUCAGGGGCUACGUGGGUGACUUUAGGCUUGUUGAUGAAUAAUGAGAGAUACAGAGAAGAGGAAAAGUGAAAAAUAUUUCUUCCUCUGGUAGUGUCAUGGGCUCAGGCUCAGGCGGUCUGGCAAUACGUAAGUGGGGGGGGUAUUUAAUUGCCAGGUGUUUAAGGGUAGUUGGUGUAUGGGCCUUGUUGACCCCAUAUCCAUAAUUAUUGGGGUCUGGCACCCAAAAGGCUUUUUUCUUUUGAUAUUGGAAGAUCUUUCUGGAAAGGUGGUGUUUUUUUUGUUUUGUUUUUUUUGUCUGAGCAGAUGUAGGCUCGAUGGACUGCUAGAGGUGAUUUCGUACGUUUUUUUUUCUUUUUUCGUUACUUUCUACUUUUAGGCUCCUUGGUUGGUGGCCUUUGCCUCUUGGAGUCGAGUUUUGCCGUCGUUUCGCUUGCUCGCGUCGGUCCUCGCACGGCGGGGCGAACGGUGUUUUGCCUCUUGCCCUUGAUUAACAGUCCACGUUCUCUGUUCCUCAGGAUGUGCUCACACCAGGACUUCAGUGAGAAUGUAUAUGGCUGUAUUCAUGUCUACAUUCUCGAAAGGCAGUUCGCUGUGGGAGCACGUUCUUCUGAUACCAAGUAUAUUGUGGCCAUGGUCACAAUACCGCCUUCCUGUGCCUCCCAUCUGCCGACAGAGGACGAUCACAAACAUGGUUUGACGUGCACGAUGCGAGAUGAACCCAAGGCAACGAUGGGUGCUCUUGCGGACUGUGCGACGCUACAUGCAAAUCCGUACAUCCUAUUCUUGUGUCGGCCUUUGAUUGCCCGGAUUUAAAACCAGUGUGUUUUCCUUAUGCGGGUAUCAUAAAGUGAAACCACGUGUUGUUUAUUGGGAGGUUGAUGCGUUGCAAUGUGUUUGGCUAUGCAUGCAUCACCAGCACCGGCAGCCUGCGGCAGGUGGAACGUCAGUCGCUUGCCCAGCCGGUAACGUCAGUCGCUUGCCAGGCCGGUUUUCAGUGAACUUUUCUUCUGGCAAUGAUGGAAGCCUUAACGCGUUUCUUGAGAGAGCUUGCGAGAGAGGGAGAGGGAGGAGGAAGAGCUUUUGUUUUUUGUAGUUGUGUUAAUUUUUAAAGAAUGACGGUCCACGACUGGGUCUGUUUCAUUUGACGGUCGGCUCUUGCUCGCACAGCUGGUUAUCUCCGAACUUUCUCUCCUCAGGCUUGACAAUGUGCUGAACUGAGUUUUCUUAGCCCCAACAGCGCUGAUGAGCUGCUUCUGCGAUGUGGUGGUCCACCCCUUUCGGAGACUCGGAGUCGCUGAGUUCGGUGACUCUGUGGUUAAGAGUUGUGUGUCGACUGCUGACUGCCGGCAUGUCGUAGUCGGGUAAACGAUGCGGCCUGCAGGUUCAUUCCUUAUCAGCUUAGACGUCGGCUGUUAUAUAUGGCCUAGAGUGUUCCUUGCUGUGUUCGAUGGCGGAGCUUUUGCAUAAAGCUCUCUCUGCAUGUCAAGGUUGAGCCUCUUUGCGCCGAACGAAAGCGUGUUUCAGCAGCUGGAUGCGGUGGGUUGCGGUCUUGUUGUACGCCGAACGCGAGAGUGUUUCAGCAGCUGGGGGUGGAGGGGGGGGGGGGGGGGGGGGGGAAACUUGUGAAAUUUGGGGGUUGCAGCUGUGAUGGUUAUAGACAGCCAUGGUAGCAGCUGAGCGACAGUGGGGGUGCUAUGCGCCCAGUCGUAGUAGGCGAGUGAUAGCUACUUGGGAUUUAGACUUGUCUACGCCCACGCGAAUGCAACUGAAAGGGAGAAGUGGUGUGCGAAGCGCACGAUCCUUGGGUGUUGGGGCUUGUUGAUGGUAUCAGUCACAGGCUUGGGAGCCGAAGACGCUGAGCCCAGUAUUCUUUUUGCCUCUUUUUUUUUCUUAUUUCAAACAUACAGUCAGGAGGAUGGGGCACAGCUGCUCCUUGUGCUUGGUGAUAUUGUGGUUGGAAGAAAAGAGUCAGCUGCAACGGAUUAUGUGUCUGGCUAUGAAGCUGCUAGGGAGUCUCAGGGAGAUGAGAAUAUUUUAUCGUGCCUUUUUCUUUCUUUUUUUUUCAAGUGUUGUCGCUUUUCACCAGCCAUCUCUCACCAAGCGUACGGCUGAAAAACGUUUCACA